AUGGUCCCAAAUGAAACACAUCAGUAUACUGGGGUUGUUGAAUUACUCGUACACUUUGGAUGGACAUGGGUUGGGUUUCUUGCCAUGGACAGUGGAAAUGGAGAGACAUUUUUGCAGUCCAUGCAGGUUCUGCUUUCCCCAAGAGGCAUUUGCUUUGCUUUCUCAGAGAAAGCACCCAGAUACACUCAUACUGAAGCAUAUGAUGACAUUCUAUCAAGAUGGCUCCACAUCUAUAACAUUAUAAUGGAGAGCAAGGCUAAUGCUAUUGUUGUAUUUGGGGAAUCCAAAUCCAUGAUUAAUCUCAGAUUAUUGGUAUUAAUGGGUAAAGCAGAAUAUCUUGCCAAUGCACCUUUGGGUAAAGUGUGGAUUGUGAAUGCUCAGAUGGAUUUCAUAGAAAUGGACUUGGGGAAGAACUGGGAUAUCCAAGACUUCCAUGGUUCCAUCUCCUUCACAGUUCAUUCAAAUGACGUGCACGGAUUCCAGACAUUUCUUCAGCUCAGAAAUCCCUUUGAAGUAAAUGAAGAUGGUUUUCUUAAGCAGUUCUGGGCACAAACAUUCAGCUGUGCCUUUCCAGAUUCUAGUACGGAGGAUGAGGCAGGUGAAGCCUGCACGGGACAUGAGAAGCUGGACAGUCUCCCAACAUCAGCUUUUGAAAUGAGAAUGACUGGCCACAGCUACAGUGUCUACAAUGCAGUCUAUGUGGUGGCCCAUGCUUUACAUGAAAUGUACCUAUCUAAAUGGAAACACAGAGUAACAGUGAAAGAAAAGAGGCUAGAGCUGCAGAAACAGCAACCUUGGCAGCUCCACCAUUUCCUUAAGGGUGUCUCAUUUAACAACAAUGCAGGAGAAACACUCUCUUUUGAUAAGAACAUGGAGUUAAACACCAGAUUUGAUAUUACCAACUUAGUUGCAUUCCCAAAUAACUCCUUCCAAAGAGUCAGAGUUGGUAUGAUGAAUUUGGAAGCUCUACCAGGCAAGAAAAUUUCCAUUGAUGGGGACAAAAUAGUGUGGCACAGACAGUUAAAGCAGGUACCACCUCCUUCUGUAUGCAACACCCAUUGCCCUCUUGGCUCCAGUAAGCAAAAGAAAGAAGGAGAAGUCUUUUGUUGCUAUGAUUGUGUUCAGUGUCCCCAAGGCAUGAUAACACACCAGGAAGACAUGGAAAACUGCAAGGAGUGUCCAGAAGAUCAUUAUCCAAACAAGGAACAGUCAAAAUGCAUUCCAAAAGCAAUAAGCUUCAUGUCUUUAAAAGAGCCUCUGGGAAUCAGCUUGGCUUCUUUUGCUCUUUUAUUAUCUCUCCUUACGUUGCUGGUCAUAACCAUUUUUAUUAAGCAUCAGGACACACCUAUUGUCAGAGCCAACAACCGGAAUCUAAGUUACAUUCUCCUCACUUCCCUUCUGCUCUGCUUUCUUUGUUCCUUACUUUUCCUUAUCAAGCCAGAAAAGAUAGCCUGCCUUCUCCGACAAGUCACCUUUGCUGUCAUUUUCACAGUGACCAUUUCUUGUGUGCUGUCCAAAACCAUCACUGUGGUUCUGGCCUUUGUGGCCACCAAACCAGGAUCCAGAAUGAGGAAAUGCAUGGGGAAAAGAUUGGCAAGUUCAGUUGUGUUUUCCUGUUCCCUUUUCCAAGCUGGUAUUUGUGCUUUGUGGCUGGGAAUCUCACCUCCAUUCCCUCAUUUUGAUAUGCACUCGGUGGUGGGAGAGAUCAUACUAGAAUGUCAUGAUGGGUCAGUCACCAUGUUUUACUGUGUCCUGGGCUACAUGGGCUUCCUAGCCAUGAUCAGCUUUGCUAUAGCAUUUUCUGCCAGGAAACUGCCAGAUAGUUUUAAUGAGGCCAAAUUUAUCACCUUCAGCAUGCUGAUAUUUUCUAGUGUUUGGCUUUCCUUUAUUCCAGUCUAUCUGAGCACAAAAGGAAAAUAUACAGUGGCUGUGGAAAUCUUCUCAAUCUUGGUUUCCAGUGCUGGCUUAUUGGUUUCCCUCUUUGCUCCAAAAAUUUACAUUAUUAUACAGAGGCCUGAUUUGAACACCAAAGAACAGUUAAUAAAGAGAAAAUAUUAA